UUAAAUAUAAAAAUUUCUACAUUUCUUGAAAAUGUGUAUGCUGUAUGCAUAACCACUCCACAGUAACAGAGUUUUACUAAUAAUUAAUAAAACCUCCCUUAGACCAAAAUUUCCGAUUUUCCUCCAACCUUUCUACUCAAUUUUCAGGUCGAAAACCGACGAGGGGACUAGGAAAGCUCAUUCUUUGAUAAUUCCUUCAGAUUCAUAGCUAUUUCGGACAAAAAGGUCACAUUAGAAUACUUCACAUACAACUAUGAAGGCGCCGAGGAGGCCGAUCCAAGCGGCGGUGGCAUGGGUGAGGCGGCAACCGCCGAAGGUGAAGGCGUUUCUGGCGGUGGUAAGCGGCAUGGCGGCGCUCGUUCUCCUUCGCGCGAUUGUUCACGACCACGACAAUCUGUUCGUGGCGGCGGAGGCUGUUCACUCGAUCGGAAUCGCUGUAUUGAUCUACAAGCUGAUGAAGGAGAGGACUUGUGCUGGGCUUUCGCUCAAAUCCCAGGAGCUAACAGCUAUAUUUUUGGCCGUGAGGUUGUAUUGCAGUUUUGUCAUGGAAUAUGACAUCCACACUGUACUGGACAUGGCUACUCUUGCUACAACCUUGUGGGUUAUUUAUAUGAUUCGUUUCAAACUAAGAUCAAGUUAUAUGGAGGAUAAAGACAAUAUCGAAUUGUAUUAUGUGGUGAUCCCUUGUGCUGUUAUAGCUUUACUAUUUCACCCAUCUACAUCACAUCACAUCAUCAACAGGAUUGCCUGGGCUUUAUGUGUUUACCUCGAAGCUGUAUCUGUGCUACCUCAACUUCGGGUCAUGCAAAACACAAAGAUUGUUGAACCUUUUACGGCUCAUUACGUAUUUGCACUGGGUGUUGCCAGGUUCUUCAGCUGUGCUCACUGGGUUCUCCAGGUUUUGGACACACGCGGACAUCUCCUUGUGGCAUUGGGCUAUGGACUCUGGCCGUCAAUGGUUCUCUUAUCCGAAAUUGUUCAGACAUUUAUCCUAGCCGACUUCUGCUACUACUACGUAAAAAGUGUUUUUGGGGGGCAGCUCGUUUUGCGUCUUCCUUCUGGAGUGGUGUAACUAUAUAUUGGUGGUUUACAUAAAAUCCUUUUCUUCUAGUGUCCUUUUCUUCUAGUGGUUCUUACACUAGAAACCAUGUUUUGGUUGUAAACUUGGCAGCUUACACGCGAACUCACAUUAAUCUCGAGUUAUAAUAGAUACCUUAAUUGGAUUAAUUGUGUGUUUACCAAUUUGGUUCUUGGAUUAGAUUAUUUUAUGUGUGAACAUUUCGACUCAAAUUAAUGAACACGUUGCUUGUUUCGCUUCAUGGUCUUGAAUUCAGUGCGUUUUGUGUUUCAACCCCUAUGGAA